AAAAAUAGUGUUUGGUAAAGAAAACAUAAAGAGAAAAAAAAUACCACUUUUGAUUCAACUUGGAAAACGCUGAGAAAAAUCUCCCCUUUGACACAAAGGAGAAAAUCAUCAUCCAGAAAAUUCUUCAAAGCUUAAAUCUUUUUUUGUUUCGCACUAAUUCUUCUUUUUCUGCAAUCGAAGCUUUUUUCCUCUUUCCUCAUUUGUUCAGCUGAUCAGGAUUGUAUAAUAGAAGCACAAGCAUUGAGAGGAUCAUAGAUUGGGAAGCAUUGUUUUCUUUUUUAUUUUGUUUAGCAUUUGGUUGUAUAUCACAGAAAAACUCACAAAAAGUUUUCUGCAACUAUGAGAACUUCUUGGGCAGAUUCUGCUGACAAUUCAGCCACUCGUUCUUCCAAUACCCAUGCGCAGUCUAACCGGGCUGCAUAUGUUCCGCCUCAUCUUCGCAACCGGCAAAUGACUUCUGAGCCUCCUGUACCAUCGAAUUCAGCAGCUGCUUUGCCAGCUAAUGAUCGGUCGAGUUAUGGUGGUCCAACUGCUUCUUCUUAUGGGGGAAGUUCCUUUAAUAAGCCUGAUUUCGGGCGGCAAGGAUAUGGCUCUGGUUUUCAGACCGGUGGUGGUGGUGGUGGUGCCUGGAACAACAAUAGAGGAGGAGGGAGGGACCGUGGAAGGCGCGAGGCGAACCCUUUUGAGAAUGACGAUGCUGCGGAUCAGUCAAUUGGUGAGCAGGAAAACACAGGGAUUAACUUUGAUGCUUAUGAUGAUAUCCCUGUGGAGACUAGUGGAGAAAAUGUGCCUCCACCUGUGAAUACAUUUGCAGAGAUUGACUUGGGAGAGACAUUGAAUCAGAAUAUAAAGCGCUGCAAGUAUGUGAAGCCAACUCCGGUACAGAGGUAUGCCAUACCGAUAUCUCUUGCUGGACGAGAUUUGAUGGCUUGUGCUCAGACAGGGUCAGGAAAAACUGCUGCCUUUUGCUUCCCUAUUAUAAGUGGAAUAAUGAGGGAGCCAUUUGUUCAAAGACCCCGUGUAGGACGAACUGCUUACCCACUGGCACUUAUCCUCUCCCCUACUAGGGAGCUUUCGUGCCAGAUACAUGAUGAGGCCAAAAAAUUUUCUUACCAGACUGGUGUCAAGGUUGUAGUUGCUUAUGGAGGAGCACCAAUCAACCAACAGCUGCGGGAGCUUGAGAGAGGAGUUGAUAUUCUGGUUGCAACUCCGGGGCGAUUGGUAGAUUUGCUUGAGAGGGCUAGGGUAUCACUGCAGAUGAUAAGAUAUUUGGCUCUCGAUGAGGCAGAUCGUAUGCUGGAUAUGGGUUUUGAGCCUCAAAUAAGAAAGAUUGUUGAACAAAUGGACAUGCCUCCACCUGGCAUGAGGCAGACACUGCUCUUCAGUGCAACAUUUCCAAAAGAGAUACAGCGACUUGCAUCGGAUUUUCUUUCAAGCUAUGUGUUUCUGGCUGUUGGAAGGGUUGGUUCAAGUACUGACUUAAUUGCUCAGAGAGUAGAAUAUGUGCUUGAGUCAGACAAGAGAAGCCACCUCAUGGACCUUCUUCAUGCUCAGAGAGAAACUGGUAUUGAUGGCAAGCAAGGUCUGACAUUAGUUUUUGUGGAAACAAAGAAAGGAGCUGAUGCACUUGAACACUGCUUGUGUGUCAAUGGAUUUCCUGCAACUAGCAUUCAUGGUGACAGAACACAACAAGAAAGAGAACUAGCAUUGAGAUCAUUCAAGAGCGGAAACACACCAAUUUUAGUGGCGACGGAUGUUGCAGCUCGUGGUCUUGAUAUUCCAAGGGUGGCACAUGUGGUAAACUUUGAUCUUCCCAAUGACAUCGAUGAUUAUGUGCAUCGGAUAGGAAGAACCGGUCGAGCUGGUAAAAUGGGGUUGGCCACAGCCUUCUUCAAUGAGAGUAAUUUGUCCCUGGCUAAACCAUUGGCUGAUCUGAUGCAAGAGGCGAAUCAAGAAGUACCUGCUUGGCUCACACGUUAUGCAGCUAAGGCUUCUUACGGCGGUGGCAACAGAAACAGGCGCACAGGUGGAUCCCGUUUCGGCGGCCGCGAUUUCAGGAGGGAGGGCUCGUUCAACAAAGGAACAGAUUACUAUGGAGGAGGAGGAACUGGUGGGCAUGGGGUUCCGGGCAGUUAUGGCGGAGGAUAUGGUCAAGGCGUGACAAGUGCUUGGGAUUAAAUUAGUGCCUUCAUCACUAAUAAUUCAUUCUCUUGUUGAUUGUACAUAAGUUUCAGACUCUAAUGAUAAAAAAAAGAGUUUCAUCUUCUCAACCGUGCUUUUCCUGAAAUCUUCUGGUGUAGGAUUUUGGAUUUAAAAGAUUUACAAUUUGUCUCGGUUUUGCUGGUUUUGGCAAAUAAGGUUGAGAAUAUGAAUGCUGCAUAAGGAGAAGAUAAAAUCUGUGAGCAACCCAAAAUUUCCUGAAUAGAUUUCUGUUGAGUCUGUGAAAGAGGGAGAGGGGUGUAACUUGUAAACAUAUUGGAUAGGAGACCAUGUUGUACAUAUUAUUCAGUUUUAAUUGUGUCAUUUCCUCAA